UUAGCCAAUAAACACGUCCGUGUUCCACUCUUACGGGACUCCGGAGAUGGACGUAGUGUUACGAUUGGUCCGUUUGUUCAAAGCGGACAUCGACGUAUGAUGACUCAUUAAAAAAAAAUCCUUGCGUUAAAAUCGCGCUCAAGAUGGCGUUCAGCCAACUUCGAUACCAGAGCGGGGCGUUACCAGGUAAAAAACGUAAGCAGCCGACCGACCCUGUAUCUUCUAAAAGAGCUUACGAAGUCAAGAGAGUUCGAACAUUUCAACAAUCAUGGCAAUCAGGUAGAGAAUGGCUGCAAUACGAUCCUGAAACGCAAUUGAUGCGGUGUCAAUUAUGCAUCGAAUUCUAUGGACCCAGUAGCAAUGACAAUAUAUUUAUAAAAGGCUCGUCGUAUCUCCGCAUUGAUGGCAUACAGCUACACGAAAAUUCUCCGAAUCAUUUUAAAGCAGUUCAAGCCAAACAGGCAAAAUCAACACCCAAGUCGUCUAGCACUGCAGCCAAAGCAUUGAAGACCUUAAGACAGGCGGAUUAUGACAAACUUGUAAACAAGUUCAGAAAUGCUCAUGCUGUUUGCAAGAACAAUUUAAGUUUUAAAACUUAUGAGAUGAUAUGCCAGCUCGAUAAAAUGAAGGGGUUGCCCACCAGUAGCCAGUAUGAAAGUGACAAAGCUUGUGCUGAGUUUUGUACCUCCAUAUCCAGAACCACUCGCAAUGACUCUUUAUCAAGCAUUAAAAGUGCAAAUUGGUGUAGUCUCAUGAUUGAUGGAUCAACCGAUUUCACUGGAGACGACAUGGAAUCCCUGUAUGUGAGAUCAUCAUCAAAUGGUUAUGUCCGAGACAUUUUCCUCGACAUUGGUUGCAGCGCAUCAGCUUGUAGUGCAGACAUUCAUAGUCAUGUACUACAAGUAUUACAGGAUCUGGAACUUACAGAUGUCAUGAAAGAAAAACUGGUUGGAUUUUGCUCUGACGGGGCUGCAAAUAUGAUGGGUAUCCACAGCGGUGUAUCCUCUCUCCUGAAGAAGGAUUGGCCCCACCUUGUGGUGACACAUUGCGUUGCUCACAGGUUAGAGCUGGCAUUUAAGGAUGCCAUGAAAAAGUGUGCCCCCAAGAACUAUGAGAAGCUCACUAGUCUUCUCAUGGGCCUCUUCUAUCUGUUUCGUCGAAGUCCAAAGCAGAAGAAAGGUCUUGAAAGAGCUGCGGAGGCUCUUCACAUGAAAAUGCUUCUACCUACUAGAAUUGGGGGAACACGGUGGUUGCCACACUUCGAGAAAGCUCUCAAUAUAUUCUCGAGAGGGUAUAAACUCUUCCUGUAUCAACUGGAAAACGCAUCACAUCAGAAUGCCAAGGCAGAAGGGUUAGCUAAGAUGAUGAGGGAUGGAAACCUUAUCCUGUACAUGCUGUCACUAAAGCGCGUCAUCAGCAACUUGCAGAGCCUCUCCCUGUACCUACAGACAGACCUCAUCAGCCUCGCAGAUGCUGCUCGACGAGUGCAGUCCUCAAAGACUGCCAUCUCACAGCUGUGUGAGAAAGAUGAUAGCACUGUCUCUGAUGUAAGCGCAUCAGAAACCUACAAGCAAGAGAAGCUUGUAUUCAGAGGUGUUAAGGCUAAGGCAGAUCAGAGUUCUCUUAUAAAAGAGAUUGUUGAAAAUCUAGAGGCUAGAUUUCCAACAUCAGAUCUUGUAUCUGCAACGAUGGUUUCUUCAUUUAAAAACUGGCCGGACCUUACAUCGGAUGAAAUUAAAGAUAGCACUUUCGGAGACAAAGAAGUUGAGACUCUCUACAGGCAGUUUGAAGAUGUUGCAUUUGGGAAAUCUAGUGAGGGCAUCGCCUUAGAAGAUGUGUUGGACCAAUGGGCAACACUGAGGACACUGAUCUACCACAGAUAUCCAUUCCAAGACAGGCAGAAGCUGACUUGGGUCACUGUAAUGGGCAGCAUGGCGGAUCAGCAACUAUAUGCAGUGUUCACACUGAUUGACAUUACUCUGGCCCUGCCCCCCACCUCUGUCAAGUGCGAGACAUCAUUCUCCGCCAUGAAGCUCCUCAAGAACAAGCGAAGGGGCCGUCUCCGUGCUGGACGCCUCAACGAUGUGAUGAUGGUGAAGCUCACGUCUCCAUCCAUCAAUGAAUUUGACCCAGACCUUGCGAUCAAGCACUGGAUGACUUCAACACCCAGUGGACAACCCCGCAGAAUCAAGAGAGAAGCCCCAGGAUCCCAAGGGGACUGUAUCGUGGUGUCAGAAGAGGACGAAAAAGAUGUUGCCAGCAACAAGGUGCCAGAGAACUCAGAAUAUGAAGAUGAUGAUGAUGAUGAUGACGAUGAAGAUAUGGAGAUGUCGGCGGAGCAUGCCUUUUCUGUUGUUUUGAAAAAUGAAUAAUAAAUGUUGUAAAUGGGA